GAGAUGAUUGUGGAGCAGCUCCGCGGCGCGUCUGUCGCAGCGCAACACUUUCCCACAUUUUAGCCACAAUUAUGAUGAAAAAUUCCUCAAUGCCUUUUCAUUCCUGGAUUUAUCUCCAUCUCCGAUUACAUUUAGUGUAGUUUUGUGUUUUGUUUUUCUUUGUUUGCUAUUUAUUUUUAGUUUUAGGAGAGCAUGUGCUUGAUUUUGCGCGGAUUGCAGCGGUGCCACCGGGAGUGAGUUGAAGGCAAAUAUGCGCCGCUGGGAUGUGAUUUUCAACCGACAGGCUUAUGGAAUAUAGCCCGGUGUGCCACAGCCUGUAUGCCUUCUGGUCCAGCCCCGUGAAGAAGAAACUCAUUCUGCUCAGCAUCAUGUUUUUAAUCUGGGUAUACAUGCUGUACUCCUGCGUGGGCUACUGCUCCACCAUGCCAAGUUUGGUGGUGGAGAGUUACCGGGGCAAGGAGACCGGCUCGGCGGUGGGCAAGAGGACAGAGAGCGGCGGCAGGACGGACCUGGUGUCCAGACUGCUGGCCAAGCCGCAGCCCUGGGAGGAUAUAGAGAGCGACUACGAGGAGCCGUCCAUCAGGACCGCCGCGUCCAGAGACCUGCUCAAUAACGAGCUGGACCCGGACCGAGCCGACGACUGGGACGAGAUGCGGGCGGAGCAGCAGAGAGCCCCGGACCCCAGCGCCAUGUCCAGCUUCUCCAACGGCUCCGGGAGCAAGAAGCUGCCGCAGGCGAUCAUCAUCGGGGUGAAGAAAGGAGGAACCCGGGCUCUGCUGGAGUUUCUCCGGGUUCAUCCGGACAUCAGAGCAGUGGGAGCAGAGCCGCACUUCUUCGACCGCAACUAUGACAACGGACUGGAGUGGUACAGGGAGCUGAUGCCGAAGACCCUGGAGGGCCAGAUCACCAUGGAGAAAACCCCCAGCUACUUUGUGACCAGAGAGGCUCCGGCGAGGAUCUCCGCCAUGUCCCGGGACACCAAGUUAAUCGUGGUGGUGAGGGACCCGGUCACCAGAGCCAUCUCGGACUACACGCAGACGCUGUCCAAGAAGCCCGACAUUCCCUCUUUUGAGAGCCUCACCUUCAAAAACAGGACUACGGGGCUCAUCGACACGUCGUGGAGCGCCAUCCAGAUCGGCAUCUACGCCAAGCACCUGGACAACUGGCUGCAGUACUUCCCCAUGGACCAGAUCUUGUUCGUGAGCGGCGAGCGUCUGAUCAGCGACCCGGCUGGAGAGCUGGGCCGGGUGCAGGACUUCUUAGGCCUCAAGAGGAUCAUCACGGACAAACACUUUUACUUUAACCAGACCAAGGGAUUCCCGUGUCUCAAGAAAGCGGAGGGCAGCAGCAAGCCUCACUGCCUGGGGAAAACCAAAGGGCGCACCCAUCCCAACAUUGACCCCGAGGUGGUGCAGAGGCUACGGGACUUCUACAGGCCCUUCAACAUGAAGUUCUACCAGAUGACUGGACAUAACUUUGGUUGGGAUUGAUGUGAAAAAUCUGACUUUUUUUGUUGUUUUUUUUUUAUUAUUAAUUUGUCGAGAAGUUAUUUUUUUCCUCUGUAAUUCAAUGGCAAGACGUGGAGAUAUUGCUAUAUAUAUGUAAAAUGUACAGAAAUCUAUUUUAUAAUAAUUUAUUUUUAUUUCUAAGCAAUUAAUUCACUAAGCUGCCUAACCAUAUUUGUACAUAACAUCUGACCCAUGUGUUCUUUUUUUUUUUUUUUUUUUUUUAACAUUCCUCAUGUUUAUUUUUUGAAUUCUCUUGCUCCUCCUUCGUGGUCCUGUAAACUCAGUGGAUUUUACUUGGUGCUUCACAAAUGCAGAUAAUCAGCUGAAGCAGAGACUGGUGGUGAGGAUAAAAAAAGCACCAUAUUACGGGUACAGAGUGCUCACAGAGAAGUGGAGAAACGCCCAUCCAUCCUCAUUUAUUCAUCACAACUUUACCUUCAUCCUCUUUGAACCCUUUUCUGAGUGUGAUUCUUUUAUAAGGUGUUUUUACAAUCCAGCUUUUCCAGGCUAAAGCAGCAGAUCUCAUGUCCCAUUCCACUCAAUAACAGGUGGAUCAAUAGGCCUAAUUGAUCUUCAUGGUGUCACUCAUGCUUAUGGCGUACAGCUGCCCUUUCAUUCUCAGUGCUCCUGCUGCCUGCUCUAAUGAAUGACCCAUCCAUCAAAUGUUAAAUCCUGUCCGGGACCACAUAAGGGCCCAUGUUAACAUUAUGCUAAUCGGGUAAAGGUAACUGGCAGAUCGAUCCGUCCUCGGCUCUCUAACUGCCCCAUUAGAAGCAGUGUUGGCUCGGAGCCACCCUCUUGCCCUAUUCAGCUCAGUUCAAAGGUCACGCAAAGUCUCAAUCAAAUUUCCUUGAGAGGCAUUUGAUUUGUGGAGGGAGAACCGAGCCGAGAGGAGGAGUGUGUGCCUUGUUUUCAUGCUAAAAUAGAAGGAAAAGCUUUGCGUGAGGUAGCAGAGGCAUAUCUUGCAGAAAUCGAGCAUAAAGAUAAAAAAAAAAAGAUGACAGAGAAAAAAACGAGGUUUCGCCUCACCGACAAAAGGCGCUUCUUCAAACAGACCAGGCUCCAGAUGAGAUCAAAGGAACAGGAAAGGUUUUUGUGAAGCACUCGCAGCACAGCAAGAAUUGCCUCAGGCCGGGUUUCUAACCUCUGGUGUCAUCAGAAGAACCUCAUGUGCCAUCGUCCAUGGCCGAUAUACUUUAUGCCUUAUUCACUCUCCUCACAUCUCACCUCUCCACCGCUGAUCUUAACUCUCCACUUGUUGCCAAAAAAGAAAAAAACUUUGAGUUCAUAUCAUGUUUCUCACAGCUUAGUCGCUAUCUUUGCUUCUUUUUUCUUCUCCUUCCCUGCUUUGCUUCUUAGUUCUUUUUUUGUCUUUCUACUUGAAUUCUUGAUAUGCAAGAGGGAGAAAAUGUGUAGUUAUCAUUCUUUGAUGUGAAGUCUUUGCAGCGUGGCGUGCUAUCGUAAGGGCACAGGGCGGCGGCCAUGCUAUGCUACGCUACGCUGCGCUAAGCUAUACUAAGCUAUGCUAUGCAUGCUCAGUGUGGCGGCCCAUUGUGAAAAAUGCAGGCGUAAUGUGGGAUUAUUAGCAUCCAUGUGUUUAUGCAGAGCUCAGACUGAAUGUACACAACAUAUCCUCACAUACAGAGUCCCUCAAAAUCAGUUUUAAAGGUCAGAUCGCCACUUAGUGAAACGUGAUUGUCCGUCUGUCCUUUUUGAAGUUAAGAAAAUGUCGUGCCUCUUUAACUCUCCAACACAGUUCGCCUGCUCCUGUCAUUAAAGCAGGAUCUAAUUCAGCUCUUUUCUUUUCUUUUCCAGUUCAAACCAGCUGCCUGGUUUAGCCUCAAACCAAUGGUUGCUAGCAGGGGAGAUGGAGGCUUGUUUCACUGUAUUUUAUUUUUUACUUUCACUCUCCUCCUAAGACUGUAUGUGGAGAAAAGAAAAAAAAAGCCUCCAUCCCCCCUUCUAUCCUUAGUGCAAUGUUUGAUUAUAUUAAAAAAGAAAAGCAUUUAUGAUGACCCCUCUCAACAAGCUGUCACGUUCUGGAAGGAAACUGAUGGAGUACUGCAUCCGAAUUCAUGCAACUGAGGGAAUAUCUGAGGAAAUAAAAUGAAAAAAUACAAAAAAACUUGCACUCAUGGGUUCCCUCCAUGCGGCUGCAUCGGCUACGGUUGAGUUUUAUUCAACCUGUUUUGAGAUCUAAAAAAAUGUUAGAAAAUGUUUGUCUUAUUCACAUAUAAUAUGUAUCUAGACUAGCAGAUCUGUAUGUACAAAAAUGAAAAAGACAUGUAAAUCAAGUAUUUUGUGGUAUGUACAUCAAAGGAAUUAAUUUUACACAAUGCAAGAGCAAAAUGGAACAGAUGUUUCUAGAUGAUUAAAUACUGAACAUUCAUAAUAUUUCUUUGUAUGAAGAAAUAAAUAAAGUAUAUAUUUUACCAAAAAAACA